UUGCUAAAUUCUGCUGUACAUUUUGAGCUGCUCCCUGUGAUGGAAGAUGUAUAAUGGCCGCCUUCUUUCCUUGGCUACUGGUAAAAUUAAUAUCAUUGGUAGUAAUCUGUAUCCGUAACCAAUUGGAAAAUGAGUGUAGGAGGUACACGUUCAGAUGAUGGGAAAGACACCUUUUAUUGCAUGAAGAAAGUUACGUAUUGGGAUAUAUAUGGUGUGAAAAGUUUCCCUUAUAAAGGCAAAAGGAAACACACACCUCUUUUACAUCAACAUUUCAAUGGACAAUUUAUGAUACAAAAUGAUUUGUUAGGAUCAACUAUUCAUCAGUUUGAAUCAAGAUUUCAAGAAUACUUAGAAAGACGAACAAGAAAUAAAGAGUGGCUUCUCAACAUACGAUUUCCUGAUAAAACAAGUGAUGGAUACAUUGAAUAUUUAGAAAAUUGUCAAGAAGAUGAAAGUAUUGGACUGUUACCAACAGAAGAGAAUCUAUUGUACCUAAGUAUACGGAGAAUAAUAGGUUGCGAGAAAACAAUCAGAAUGAGACAGAAACUGUUUGUAUUGAAUGAUUUUAUAUCUGAGAUAUGUGGAUUCGGAUGUACUAGGAUAUAUAGUGGCAGUUUAGCGGAAGGAUUGGAUCUAUCAGGGAGCGAUUAUGACUCUAUGUAUGUUUUAAAAGAAAUCACAGUUUUCCAAAAUUUAGGUCAGGUUCCGUGUCGUUUAGGAGUUGCUACCUUUCUUAUAGAAUAUGACGACAAUCACCCGGGAUUCUCUAAACUUAAAUUAAUAAGAGGAGAUGAAAUGUUAUUUUCGCCGCUUUCCUUUAUUGAAAUAGGCAACGGGAAAUACUUGUGCUCCGUGGCAUUUUUGGACAGUAUGUGCAGGUCAGUAUCACAUAUGCAAUUAAAAACGCAUGGUCCUUGUCUCUCAGAUGUUGACCUGACUUUCGAUAAUGCAUUUUGCUUCCACUUACGUUCUUGGCCUGCACAAGCAAAAGCCUGGAUUUACCGUCAUAGAUCAAAAGAGUGGCCGUCUGAUCGAUUAGUCGAAAACAUAGUGGGCUUCGGAUGUCUAAUUGUUCCAGUGUGUCCAAAAUACGAAGAGGAUGAAUCCGAAUUUUGGAGGAUAUCCUUUUCAAUGGCAGAGAAACUGCUUUGCCAUUCAUUUAACUAUGUCCAGUUUUUGUGUUAUUCGCUUCUCAAACUGACACUGAAGAACAUCAUUAAUAAAAACGUCCAUGCUAGAGAUAUGUUGUGUUCUUAUUUCAUGAAAACAGCUUUAUUUUGGGUAUCUGAAGAAAAUUCAAUCGAAUGUUUUCGAAUAUCAAACUUAUAUCAAUGCUUUUGUUUGUGUAUUGACAAACUCUUAGGCUGGAUUAAUAACUGUUACUGUCCGAAUUAUUUUAUUCCAGAACAUAACAUGUUCAAUGGUAAAAUUAAUGAGUCAAAUAAUAGGAUGCUUUUUACUGUAUUAAAUAACGUCCGUUUCCAGGAAAUAGGGCGUUUAUGCAGUCUCGCGACCAACACAUUCAUGACAAAAAAGAUUGUUUUGCCACCACUACGCCAAUACUCAAAUGCUGACCUUGAGAUUCUUUUUUACAGAAUAGUCGAAAUCUCCAAGAUAACAAGUGUUGCAAAAGGUUUCAAAAUUUUAUUUUUUUUAAAGAAUAUGUCCUUUUCUAUGACAUCAGUCUUCUUGAAAGGUGUUUAUCAUUACUAUAUCUGUGUAAUAUGUCAACAAAUUGCGCAAAUGAUACCGAUAUCACCUUCAUUUGAUAAAGCAAAGCACAUAUUCUAUCGCAGAUUUUUCAGUGAAUGUAAAGAGUCAGACGCAGUGUCAGGAUGGGUACUGUAUGCAUCAUAUCAUUAUAAUUUAGGCCAUUAUAAUGCAGCAUUGAAAAUCGUAGAAUACGUUUUGUCACGUUGUUCGUCCAUUUUGUUUGGAUUAUCAUGUUCUUCUUUUAAGCAAGCUAACAUUAUACAAUAUCAAAGUAUAAGCGAAUGUGAAGUAUUAACAUUGACCGAGAAAAUGAAACUUUCCACCAGGAAGUACGUUCAAUAUUACAAACGAUCGUCCUUCACACCUCAUGAAUUCAAACUGGAUAAUCAGGAUAACAACCUUAACGUUCCAUGUGAUGUUAUGGUGGGCUGCAUUCGAUUUCUUUGUCACCAUCACCUCAAUGAAAUUGAAAAUAAAGAACAAUCCUUACGUGACCUGCGUUUAUCCGUAUAUGGAAGUCACAUUGCUGCGACUAAUAAUGCAUCUGUGUGUUUUACAUUACUUGGUGUGUGUUAUGAGAUUGCAGGAAAUAAAGAAUCGGCAAAAGAGUGUUAUACACAAGCAACCCGGUGUACAGGGAUGAUAUGUAAAUCAGCAAGCAAUAGAUUUAUGACAUUAACUGGCCCAUAUGUUCAAUAUAAAAUAAGAUUUCCAGGAACAAUUUGUCCUAGAAAAAAAUCGUCCAAGUCUACAAUUAAGUGAAGAAAUAAACAAAAAAUGCUUUAGUCAAUGGGUAAAUAACAUAUUGUAUUCAUGUA